AAUUUGUUAACAGUCAGGAAUCAUAAACGGCUUUUGUGUAGAAUGCAUCUCACGGACAAAUAAUUGAGUAUUGAUUUGGUAUUAUAUUGCUUCCUUCGUUAAUUUGUGUCAAGUUUAAGCGUGAUUUGUUCCCAGAUUUGGGAGACACCCGGCUUGAAAGAAGCAGGUGCAGUGGAUUCGUAAAUGGAGCAGACGUGAAAUAUGCCGAGCGAUACCGCCAGCAUAUAACGAAACCACAUCGCUGCAGGACUCCAACAUGGACAGGCAUACACAAUGUCCAUACGACAAGGCAAACUGGUUUUCCAGAAUGACAUUUUGGUGGAUAUCAGGUCUGUUCCGAAAAGGCUACAAGAAAGAUCUGGACAUAUCUGAUGUUUAUGAUGUCUGCCAAGAAGACGAGGCCAGUCAGGUUGUACGGACAAUGGAGGGGUGUUGGAAGGAUGAAAUACAGAAGUUAGCUGAUGGAAAAAAUGUCAGCUUGUUCAAGACUGUGUUCAGGGCCUUUAAACUUAGAUUGCUGCUUCCAGGGAUCUCUCUUGUCUUUCUGGAGACCUUAAAGAUUACGCAGCCUUUGUUGAUUGGCCAGGUCAUCUUGUUCUUCAGCCCAAACCCGACUUUGCCCUCCUACUAUGCUUAUAUUUUUGCGGCAGCUCUAGGGCUUGUUAACUUCAUACAGACAGCUCUGAACACCCAGUACUUCUACAACAUGCAGCACACUGCCAUGAAAAUGAAGGUUGCUGUUGCUGGCCUGGUGUACAAGAAGGUCCUCACUUUAAGCUGCCAGUCCUUUUACCAGACCACCUCUGGACAAAUAGUAAAUUUUCUCUCCACUGAUGUCGAGAUGUUCAACAAUUGUAUAGAAAACAUACACUACUUAUGGUUGUCUCCCUUCGUCAUAUGUGUCGUAAUGUACCUGAUGUACAGGGAAGUGGGCGUGGCCAGUGUCUUCGGUCUCCUGCCUGUUCUUAUAUUUUUACCGUCACAGAUUGGUUCGGGGAAGCUCUUUGGUGUAUUGAGAAUGAAGACUGCUGCUUGUGGAGAUGAGCGUAUCCAUACCAUGACGGAGAUUGUGUCUGGGAUAAGAGUCAUCAAGAUGUAUUGCUGGGAGAAACCAUUUGGUCAUCUCAUCAACAAACUACGACAAAAAGAGGUGUCGUUCCUGAAGCUUUCUUUCCUGGUCAAAGCUUUAACUUUAUCGAUCUUAUUCUACAUCACACGAGUAAUGGCUUUGUUUAUCUUUGUUGGAAACUGGUUGUUUCUCUCUCACCCAAUAUCAACCAGUUCAGUGUUCGUCACACUGGGCCUGCUGGAGAUCCUCAAGAUGUCUGCAUUCUUCUUUCUUACCUACAGUGUUGAGACCCUCUCUCAGCUAUCGGCCUCCAUGCAGAGAAUACAGAAGUUCCUGCUGCUGGAUGAAGAGAAAGACCUCACACAUGGAGGCAUUCUUCACAAACAUGUGCAGCAUCGGACACACACACAGUCGGAUGUUGCCGUGGUGAUAGAUUAUGUGACAGCCAGGUGGGAGAUGAGUGGGGUGGAGCUGAGGAAGAAGAACAGGGAGAAGAUGAAGAAGAGAGACAGCACCAGUGAGACCAGUAAACUCCUGCAUGAGAGUGAAAUUGAACACUAUUUUGCCCUCAAGUCAAUAGCACUGAAUAUAAAAAAGGGGGAGCUGAUGGCUGUAGUGGGAACUGUGGGCUCUGGAAAGACGUCACUGCUACUUGCAUUGCUGGGGGAAUUCCCCUAUCAACAAGGACAGAUAACUCUACAUGGUUCAGUUGGAUAUGCAGCUCAGCAGUCCUGGGUUUUCUCUGGAAGUGUGAAACAAAAUAUCUUGUUUGGAGACCAGUAUGAUUUUAAAAGAUACGAUACAGUAGUUGAGGCCUGUGCUCUUCAGAAGGAUAUUGGCAUGAUGAAAUAUGGGGAUGAGACGCUGGUUGGGGAAAGAGGGCUCUUCUUGAGUGGAGGUCAAAAAGCCAGGCUCAGCCUAGCAAGAUCUGUGUAUCGGGACUGUGACAUCUACCUGCUGGACGACCCCCUCAGUGCUGUGGACACCAAAGUAGGAAGACACAUCUUCAACAAAUGUAUCAAGCAACUACUGAAGGAGAAGACAGUUGUCUUGGUGACUCAUCAGCUGCAGUACUUGAGGAGGGCUGACAGAAUCGUUGUAUUGAGAGAGGGCAGUGUGUUUGAUGUGGGAACCUACGACGAGCUUGAAGAGCGAGGGGUAGAUCUCGCAACAUUCCUAGAAACUGAGGAUAAACAUGCAAAGGAUGAAGUUGUUUCAGCAACAGAUAUAGAGGAAAAACAAAUGAAGGAUGAAGAAUGGAAAAUAGCAACUGCAAUACAGAAGGAAGAACAGGACGUGACAGAAUCAGGUGCAGUGGGUAUUCAAGUUUAUGCCAAGUAUCUGGAGGCAGGCUAUGGUGUGAUCCUUGGACCUAUUGCCCUGCUACUGGGGAUAGCAACCGAGAGUGUAUUCUCAGCUUCAAACUGGAUGCUGGCUAAAUGGUCUGAGAGCCUCAGUCCGCAGUAUGUGAACAACACCAGUGGGAUGGUCAAUGCCACAGAGGUUCCACCGGACUCCAGUGUCAAGUCAUGGGACACCAUGGAGCUACCGCUACAGUUCUUUGUUAUCCUCGUGUGUGCCCAUGUCGUCUUGUGCAUCGUCUUUUCCGUCCUAGUUUUCCAGAUUGGUGCUCUGUCUUCACAAAGGCUACAUGACCGGAUGUUUGCAUUUGUGCUGGGAGCAAGGUCAAGGUUCUUCGAUGUGAACCCUGUGGGGAGGAUUUUGAAUCGGUUCUCAAGAGAUCUGGGAUUUGUUGACAUCCUGCUCAACAGACUGUGUUAUGCCACAAGCCAGCACACCCUGGCUAUUAUUGCUGCUGUUCUGAUUGUGUGUAUAAUAGCACCCUGGCUAUUCAUUGCCCUGGUUCCGGCUCUAAUCAUCAUCUUCUGUCUCCGAUUCUACGCGAUUCAGACAACCCGUGAUAUCAAGCGUAUUGAAGCAAAUGUCAGAAGCCCAAUGUAUUCCCACGUAUCAGACACAAUCCUGGGAUUGCAGACAAUACGAGCACUGAACAAACAGGACCAGUUUCAGCAUGAGUUUGACCAGCAUGUGAACAUCCACUCCAGUGCAUGGUUCACAUACCUCUCCUCCUUCCGCUGGUACAGCUUCAGAUCCGUCCUCGUCAUGGUUGUCUUCUUCAACAUAGUCAUCUAUGUGUGCCUUGUCUUGAAAGACACUGUGUCCAGUGGUUUACUGUCACUUGCACUGGUUUACUGCACAGCCAUAAUAGAACCUUUUGAAUUUCUCAUGAGAAUAACAGCUGAAGUGGAAAACUACAUGACUUCGGUAGAGCGGAUCCUGUCGUACAACAAGUUGGCCCAGGAAGGGCCCAUGGAGUCUGAUCGCCCGCCUCCCGAUACAUGGCCAAUGCAGGGGACAAUCUCAUUCAGUGACACCAGUCUUAGAUAUGAGGACAAUCUACCCUACGCUCUCAAACACAUCAACUUUCAUAUCAAGAGCAAGGAGAAAAUUGGCAUAGUGGGCCGUACCGGCGCAGGUAAAAGCUCCCUCCUCGCAGCUCUCCUGCGAUUGGCUGAACCUGAAGGAAAGAUGUGGAUAGAUGGCAUGGAUGUCAACAUCAUUGGCCUCACUGAACUCAGGGGGAAAAUAUCAGUCAUUCCUCAGGACCCUGUUCUGUUUACGGGCAGUCUGCGGCGGAACCUCGACCCCCUGGAAGUCUACACGGACGACCGGCUGUGGGAGGUGUUGGAACAGGUUCAGCUGAAGACAAAGAUUCAGGACAGCCCCGGGGGCCUGUACAUGGGCGUGGCAGAAUCUGGACACAACUUCAGUGUGGGGCAGAGACAGCUGGUCUGUUUAGCCCGAGCUCUGCUGGCUGCCAACAAGAUACUUGUCCUGGAUGAGGCGACUGCUCAUGUCGACCAUGAGACAGACCAACUUAUCCAGAGAGUUUUACGGGCCAAGUUCCGUGAGUGCACAGUUCUCACCAUUGCUCACAGACUGAACACUGUCAUGGACUGUGAUAGAAUUAUGGUCCUUGACGAGGGAGAGCUGAAGGAAUUUGACAUCCCAUACAACUUGCUCCUUCAUAAAGAUGGCUACUUCUGUAAACUGGUAGAUCAGCUUGGGAAACAACAGGCAAGGCAGUUACAUGCCCUAGCUGAGCUCGCCUACCACCAGAGGGCAUCAGCGAGCAUGCUGCUGGAAGAGGCAGUAAAAUCUGCCACAGAAAUCUUCAGAAAUAGUCGUGAGGAUCUUCGUAGAAGUAAAGACAGUUUAAUGAGGAGCAAAGACAGUUUGGAUACGAGUCAAACAACUCUAAACACCAUUGAAAACUCAAAAACUCUCUACGGGAGGUAUUCCACCCCAGUUAAAUCAAGUCCAAAACCACAUCGUAAAAUCCGACACGUGAAAAGCAGUCCUGCAAAGGAAAGCCCCAAAGUACAUAGAAGGACUCCUUCAAAAAGUGAUAUAGUUGAUAGAAAUGAUAGAGAAGAAAUAGUUCCAUUAGUUACACACAGUCCUGACAAACACACAUUAGAAGAAUCUCCAGUUGUGAGUGAUGGCCGAGGAGGAAGGGUGUCGCCCAUUAAGAAGCCCAUCAGCCCUCUAGCUGAGGGGAGCCGGACACUCAGUCCCAAGGGGAGUCCUCGCAUUAUUACAGGGCUGUUUGAGAAGCACAGAGAAGGGGAGGAUUCCGAUGACCAGAAGAUUAUUUUUUGCUGAGGAUACGUUAUUGAAAAUACUCUGAUCCCAGUGUGAAGGUUUAUGCCUAUGGUAUAUGAGUUUCAACUGUGAUGAGCCAGGUACCAGGAGGAGAUGCUUCAAAAUAUUCCUGUCCAGUCAAACAGUGCCUUGCUUCCAUUUUCAUCACAUUUCUGUUUGGUCUCUUUAGUGAUGAAUGUAAAGUAGGUGACACUAUGUCCAAGUCAAUUACAAAAGGUGCCGCUGUAAUAAGCUCUUCCAUGUUGUGUCAUUGACUUGUUUAUUAGGUGCUUUACUUCAAGUGAGUGAGUUGCAUCAGCAUUAUUUCAGGCUUAUAGCCACGCUUUACUUAAAAUAUUAAUUUAUUGUCAAGGGUAAAAGUAGCACUAGUCUUAGCCAGUUUGGCUUACGCUGAUGGUAUCCUGAUGGCUAGUAGAAUUGCAAACGUUAUGCUUUGAUGUUUUCUCAUUAUGCGUAUUUUCCAGGGUAAUUUCUACCAUAUCAGUACAUUUUAAAAGAUCAUUAUGUCCUAAUGAAAGAAAAACUGUUUGUUUCUGUUUACAAAGGCAGAGUCAGCUUAAUUGGAAUUGUCAUUGGUCAAGUGGCUCAUUUCCUUUAACAAAUAUAAGACAUGUUUCAAAACUAUAUUUGGGUUUUCAUGGGUCAUGACCCAAGCCCCUGUCAAUCUAAAACACAUGGUGGGCUUUGUUCAGACAGGUUACAGUAGGUUGGUUUACAUCUUCCUCCUGAAUUCCUAACUUUGUGCCUUUGCAUGAUAAGUAAUGUUAUGGUAAUUCCAUUCUAAGAAUGUUAAAGAACUUAGUCACGCCUAAAGACCACAUAUGCCACUGAAUUUGAAAAUGUCUACUAAAUUUUUAUAUUUGCCACACUAAGUAUGUAUUAGAUGUUCCAUGGCUUUCCAUGUCCAUAGCAAUGAUAUUACCUUUGUGAUGCACAUCAUGAUGCCUAUCUAAUGAAUAGCCAAUGAUAGAAGUUACCCAGAGUAUUAUUACAAAUAGGUAGUAUGCCUGGUGAACCAAGCUAUGUUUGAGGAUAUAUAUUGAAAGUGCCCCAUUCAUGAAAGAGCAUCCUUAUUGUUAUGAGAAGUUCAAGGAGUUUUUCCCCAAUAUUUUAGAAAUCACUGUAUCUAAUACUAAACCUAAUAAUGUUGGACUGGACAGUGGCACACUUUGUUAUUACUCUGCACGCAUACUGCUUGUAUGUUGCUCAAUAUUUAUGGUAGUUUUGAACAUUUAUACCCCAAUUGUUACAUUUCUUAGGGAGGGAGUUUAGAUAUGAUAAAGUAAUAUGAUAAAAAUGAGUCUUCCAGGAUGUUUUGUAAGGAAAUAACAGAAUUAUGAAUUAUAUUUAUAUCUUUUGUUUUGUGACAUUUCUUGUGAUGCUAGAAACUUUGUGUGAGGCAGAUAUGCUGUGAGCUAUGUUUGCAAGGUGUCAAGUUAUUCAAAGACAAUUAGUCAUGGACCUGACUGUUUUUUUAAUAUAUACUGAUAAAAAAUAUAUAAGAAUUCAGAAUAUAGUAGAGUAAAGUUACUGUUGUGUCCUGUAACAGAUACUUAAUUCAGAAAGAUAAAGCUGAAAUGUUAAUACCAGUAGCUGCUGUUUCAUGACACUGCCAAAAUGAGGACAAAGGAGAUAUGACAAUCAAAUCAUAAUACACAGAUAUUUGUGCCAUAUCUCCCUUGUUGUCCAGGGCACAACCAUUAAAUAUUCUAUUUGUUGCAAUAUUAUUUAGAUCUAAAGAUUAAUAUAUUUAAGUGUCUUAUACCUUCCUACAAGAUUGGCCUUAUAAUGUUGGGUGUCACUUACAUUAAAUGAAGGCUCAAGGUACAUGAUGUGGAGACUCUCCAUCCUUAUGGUAGUCCAUGUGUCUUCCUGUAUAAGGAAUUAUCAGUGUGCCCCUUUUUAAUAUUACUGUCAUGUACAAUUUAAGAUGUUUUUGAAGAGGAGUUCAUUCAUACAUUUUUUAUCACAUCUAUGCCUGUAUUUUCUAUUCGUUUACAAUUGUUAACCAGAUUCUUUACCGUGAUCUAUUACCUGUUUUUGAUUACCGAUCUCUACUUGCGUCUAUUUACAAUUACAUUCCACAAAUGAAGAGAUGUAGUUUAGCUGGCACUGACUGAGAGUCCAAGUGAGAUCAUAUCCUUUAUUCCCUGAUUAUCAUCAUUUUCAAUUGUAAAUUGCAAUCCACAGAAACAAGAUGAGAUUUUCAAUGCAUGUUAUUAUGAAUAAUUACACCUAACAUUUUUUCACCAAAAAAUGAGCUCUUUUUACCCAAAUUGACUUAGGAAUUACGCUUACAUUCAAAAGCUUUCAACUAUAGCCCCAUGUAGAAAUUGUUGUCAUUUCCUUUUAUGAGUAUGUUAUUGUGACCUGACAUAUCUCAGUAACCAAUCAGUAUUUUUCAAAGUCAUGGUUGAAAAAUAUUUAACCCAAUAAAUGUGUUUCAUCCAACCCCACCAACAGGCUACGCCCACAUCUACCCCCUCAUCCAGGGAGGAUUUCCUGCUUGAUAUUGAUGUGGCCAAGAGGUGCCUUAUAUCAGUGUCUUAUGUGCUUAUUGUCACAGUGGACCUUAUUAACAAGGCUCUCUCUCCCAUUAUGACUCUUACCAUUAUCACUACU